AUGGGCUGUGGGGUGAGUACACUAGUUGAGGAUGAACAAGAUCCAUUUUUGCAAGACAAACAAAUCAAUGAUGCUAUUGAACAAUCAUUACAUUUGAACAAAGCCAAUGCAAAAAAUGGCGUUAAAUUACUCUUGCUUGGAGCUGGUGAAAGUGGUAAAUCCACUGUUUUGAAACAACUCAAAUUAUUACACAAGGGGGGAUUUACCCAACAAGAACGAAUGCAAUAUUCAAAUAUAAUCUGGUGUGAUGUGAUUCAAAGUAUGAAGAUUUUGAUUAUUCAAGCUCGGAAAUUAAAAAUCCCCCUAGAUUGUGAUCAGCCAAAUAGUGUAUUAAUUCAAUACAAGCGGUGUGUGUUACGAAGUGACGCGUUGACUCAAAUUGAUACUAGUAUUGCUGGUGGAACUGAUUUCUUGAAUGAUUAUAUUUUAAAAUAUGAUGAAAAGACGAAAAUGAAACGGAAAUUGAAUAGUACUGGUGUGGUUGAGUUUUUGAGUAAUAUUGGACAAGGGAACCAAAAUAGUGCCAAUGAUGAUGAAAUUGACCCUGAAAUUAGAGACGAAGUAUUGUCAGGUAUACCGCAAGCGGGUGAUGGGAAUAGUAAUAGUGGGUUUGCGUCUUAUGAACAGUCUCGCUAUUCACGUUAUGAUAUUGCUGAAUCAAUACAUCAACUAUGGACAAACGAUGCCGGAAUCAAGAAAUGUUUUGAACGAUCAAAUGAAUUUCAAUUUGAAAGUAGUGCAGAAUACUAUUUCGAUAAUGUAUCCAAUUUCACUGAUCCUAGUUACAUGUGUUCCGAUUUGGAUAUUUUGAAAGGAAGAAUCAAAACCACCGGAAUCACAGAGACAAAUUUCACCAUCAACUCAUUCAGAUUUAAAGUUUUGGAUGCCGGUGGACAACGUAGUGAACGUAAGAAAUGGAUUCAUUGCUUUGAUGAUAUCACUGCCGUAUUAUUUGUUCUUGCAAUUAAUGAAUAUGAUCAAAUGUUAUUUGAAGAUGAACGGGUGAAUCGUAUGCAUGAAUCAAUCAUCUUAUUUGAUCAAUUGUGUAAUUCAAAAUGGUUUGCCAACACUCCGUUUAUCUUGUUUCUCAACAAAAUUGACAUUUUUGAAGAAAAGAUUAAACGGAAUCCAUUGAAUAAAUACUUUCCUGAUUAUAUUGGCAAGAAUGAUGAUGCUAAUGAAACUCUCAAAUUUUUUGAAACCAACUUUUUAAAAAUGAAUAGGACUAAUAAACCCAUAUAUGUUCAUCGAACUUGUGCUACUGAUACAAAAUCAAUGAAGUUUGUGUUGAGUGCUGUUGCUGAUAUUGUCAUUCAACUGAAUUUGAAAAAGAGCGGAAUCAUGUAA